CCAACAUGUCGAUCUUUAAAUACCUCAUUGCCCCAUUCCACCAAACGACCUCUUCGCUUCCCUAUUCCUGUUUCCAUUUCCUUCCCUUUUCUCUCUGCCGUGUUAGAAGCCCUAGCUAUUCCUUCUUGUUCCUUCCCGGGAGAUAGGAAGAAGGCGGCGUUGGGGAACAAAUCGAGAGCCCCAGGUGCUCUGUGGUGCUAGUUUGGAAGAUUUCUUGCAGGUGAAGAGAGGGCUUGCCUCGACUUGUUUCUUGUGAUUGUUUGGAAAGAUCCUUGAUCAUGGCAGACUUGGAGAACCUGCUGUUGCAGGCAGCAGGGAGAACGGGCGCAUCCGGGAGGAAGAACAGCCACUCUCGUCCUCAGUCAAGAUGGCGAAGGGAAGGCUCGUUUUCUGAUGGAAGUGAUUCCAAAGAUGAUGAUUCUGAUAAUCCUAGGUAUAAUAAAAGAAAAUCAGCAGGCUCUCAGGUCCCUCUUAAGAAGAGGCUCGACCCUCCUGAGAAAGACAAGAGGAAUGGCUGGGGGGAUGAUGACGAUGACGAUGAUGACAGGCACAGCAGUGAUGAUUCCGACAGUGCUCCAUCUGUUGGAAGUGAUCUUUAUAGGGAUGAGGCAGAUAAGGAGGAACUGGGGAAGAUGUCUGAAUUGGACCGGGAGUUGAUCCUAGCAGAGCGGAGCACCAAGAUAGAUGAUUACAAAUUAAAGAAGAUGGCUAGAGCAUCAUCGAAGAUUGAUAAGUCCCGAAAAGAGAGCCCUCCCCCUCUGCCAUACCGCAGCCGCUCAUCAGCCCGCACUGAUAGGACAGCUGCCAAAAGUGCCUUGAAUGAGCUGAGGGCCAAGCGGAUGAGACAGCAAGAUCCAGAGGGUUAUCGUAGUAGAUUCAAGGAUGCAGCUGGAGAAGGAGGUGGUGGUGCUGGUAAUCAGGAUUCAUCUCCUUCCAGACAUAGAUCAGUAGCCAGUCCUCCUAGUGACUUGAGCAAUGACCGUGAAAAUGGGGGCAGAACGGAUAGCGAGGAUGAGAGGUUCCCAGGGAACAACAAAAUUGAGGAUGAUCUAUUAGAUGAUUCGCCAUCUAGAUUGGAUCCACUGAAGUUUGAGGAUAUCAAAGAUAUAACAAUUCGGAGGUCAAAGCUGGUUAAGUGGUUCAGAGAACCUUUCUUUGAAGAGCUCAUUGUUGGGUGCUUUGUAAGAGUCCAGGUUGGAUCUCGAUCUGGUGCCAGAUAUAAGUUGUGCUUAGUUCGAAAUGUUGAUGCAAGCAACCCCAGUAAACAGUACAAGCUGGAGCAUUAUAUGACUUAUAAGUUGUUGAACUUGACAUGGGGUAAUAUGUCAGAGAGGUAUGAGAUGGCUUAUGUAUCAGACUCUCCAGCUCUUGAGAAGGAGUUUAAGGAAUGGCAACAUGAGGUUGAAAAGAGUGGUGGUCAGAUGCCAACUCGUCAGGAUGUGCAUGAGAAGAAGGAAGCUAUUCAGAAGAUCAGCAACUUUGUCUAUUCAGCAGCCACUGUGAAGCAGAUGCUGCAAGAGAAGAAGUCAGCCUUGGCAAGGCCAGUCAAUGUUGCAGCUGAGAAGGAUCGGUUGAGGAAGGAGAUGGAGGUGGCAGAGAGUCGGCGGGAUGAGGCAGAAGUGGAAAGGAUUCGGGCAAGGCUGAAGGAGUUAGAGGAAAUGUCUCGGCAAGCAGAACAGAAGGAUUUAAAAGCUGUUAGAUUGGCUGAGAUGAAUAGGAAGAACCGAGCUGAGAACUUUAAGAAUGCUUCAGAGUUGAAGCCAGUGAACACAAGCUUAAAGGCUGGGGAGGCAGGUUAUGAUCCUUUUUCUAGGAGAUGGACUAGGUCAAGGAACUAUUAUGUGUCAAAGCCUGGGGGAGAUGGGAAUGCAGAAGCUGCAAAUGGGGAUAAUGGGAGUGCAGCGAUGGGUAAUGGAGAUGCAGUUGCAGUGGGGCUACUGAAUGGGGUCGAGGCUGGUGUGGCAGCCACUGCUGCAGCUCAGGAAGCAGCAGCAGGUGCAGGGAAGUUGGUGGACACGAGUGCACCAGUUGAUCAGGGGACAGAAUCAAACACACUGCAUGAUUUUGAGUUGCCAAUCUCUUUGGCUGCUCUACAGAAGUACGGGGGUCCUCAUGCUGUGCAUUUGAAUUUUAUGUCAAGGAAGCAAAAGAUAGAAGCAACGACUGGAUGCAAGGUUCCAGACAAUGAUGGGCGGCGACAUGCUUUGACUUUGACAGUUAGUGACUACAAGAGGCGGAGGGGUCUGCUUUGA